GCGGGCGACAGCGGCGCCAGCAGCUGGGGUGGCGGAGCCGGACAUGGCGGCGCGGCCUGGCCCGCGGGAAGAUGAAUAAAGGCUGGCUGGAGCUGGAGAGCGACCCCGGUCUCUUCACUCUCCUGGUUGAAGAUUUUGGGGUCAAGGGAGUGCAAGUUGAAGAGAUUUAUGAUCUGCAGAGCAAGUGCCAAGGCCCUGUGUAUGGGUUCAUCUUCCUGUUCAAGUGGAUUGAGGAGCGCAGGUCGCGCCGGAAGGUCUCUACGCUGGUGGAUGAGACGUCGGUGAUUGAUGAUGACAUCGUUAAUAACAUGUUCUUUGCUCACCAGCUGAUCCCCAAUUCCUGUGCAACCCAUGCCCUACUGAGCGUCCUCCUGAACUGCAACAAUGUUGACCUGGGGCCCACACUGAGCCGCAUGAAGGAUUUCACCAAAGGAUUCAGCCCAGAGAGUAAAGGCUAUGCCAUCGGCAAUGCCCCAGAGCUGGCCAAGGCCCACAACAGCCAUGCCAGGCCAGAGCCGCGACACUUGCCGGAAAAGCAGAACGGUAUCAGCGCUGUGCGAACCAUGGAGGCUUUCCACUUUGUCAGUUAUGUGCCCAUCAAGGGACGCCUGUUUGAGCUUGAUGGGCUGAAGGUCUAUCCUAUUGACCACGGGCCGUGGGCUGAUGACGAGGAAUGGACAGACAAAGCCAGGAGAGUAAUCAUGGAACGCAUCGGCCUGGCCACUGCAGGGGAGCCAUACCAUGACAUCCGCUUCAACCUGAUGGCAGUGGUGCCUGAUCGGAGGAUGAAGUACGAGUCCAAACUGCACAUCCUGAAGAUGAACCGCCAGACUGUGCUGGAGGCCCUGCAGCAGCUUAUCCGAGUAACUCAGCCUGAGCUGAUCCAGACCCAGAAGUCUCAGGACUCUCAGCCUCCUGAAGAGUCAAAGCCAGCCAGCAGCAAGACUGUGCCUCAAGAAAGUACCCAUCCAGAGGGCAGUGAUGAGCCUGCCAGCCAGAGCCACUCUGUGGCUACGCAGAGCCCUCCCAACAAAUCCAAACCGGUGGCAAAGACAUCAGCAAGCACUAUUAACGGAGCACCUCCAGCCAACCCCAACCCCAUUGUGCAGAGGUUGCCAGCCUUCCUGGAUAAUCACAACUAUGCCAAGUCUCCCAUGCAGGAGGAGGAAGACCUUGCGGCAGGAGUGGGUCGCAGCCGGGUCCCGGUCCGUCAGCACCAGCAGUACUCAGAUGAUGAGGAUGACUACGAUGAUGAUGAGGAGGAAGAAGUUCGUAACACCAACUCAGCCAUCAGGUACAAGAGGAAAGGGCAGGUAAAGCAGGAGCACGUGGCAGGGCCUGCGGAAGGCCAGCUCUCUGUCCUCCAGCCCAACACCAUCAACGUCCUGGCUGAGAAGCUGAAGGAGUCUCAAAAGGACCUUUCCAUGCCCCUGUCCAUCAAGACGAGUGGCGGGGGUGCUGCUGUGGCAGUUGUCACCCACUCCCAGCCCUCGCCCACCCCCAGCAAUGAGAGCACCGACACCGCCUCCGAGAUCGGCAGCGCCUUCAACUCACCGCUGCGCUCUCCCAUCCGCUCGGCUAACCCCACCCGCCCCUCCAGCCCCGUCACCUCCCACAUCUCCAAGGUGCUCUUCGGGGAGGAGGACGGGCUGCUGCGCGUUGACUGCAUGCGCUACAACCGCGCCGUCAGGGACCUGGGGCCUGUCAUCAGCACCGGCCUGCUGCACUUGACGGAGGAUGGUGUGUUCUGCCCGCUGGCUGUUGCAGACGGGGGGAAAAGCUCCCCGGCUUCCAUCAAAACCAGUGACGAGGCCCCGGUAGCAGUCAAACUGGACGAGAAGGAGGGCAGUGAGGCCAGUGACAGCAAAGAGAAGGUGGGACUUGGCAGGACCAGUGAUCACCCUGGGGGGGAAAAGUAUUCUCCCAAGGAGCUGCUGGCACUGCUCAAGUGUGUGGAGGCAGAGAUUGCGAACUAUGAGGCCUGCCUGAAGGAAGAGGUGGAAAAGAGGAAGAAGUUCAAGAUCGAUGAUCAGAGGAGAACUCACAACUAUGAUGAGUUCAUCUGUACCUUCAUCUCCAUGCUGGCCCAGGAAGGCAUGCUGGCAAGCCUGGUGGAGCAGAACAUCUCGGUCCGCAGGCGCCAGGGGGUCAGCAUUGGCCGCCUGCACAAGCAGAGGAAGCCGGACCGCCGGAAACGCUCCCGCCCCUAUAAAGCCAAGCGACAGUAGCCUGCGAGUCAAGACACUGAGACGCAGCAGCUGGGCUUGGUGGCUUUGGGCAGUGGCACUUGGAUUUGUGUUACCCUUUGCCCAAGGAAGAGGGACCACAGCAACAAAGCCCUUGGCCGAGGUGGACAAAGACAUUGGGCUUUCCUCUGAGCCCAAGCUGUUAAAGGCAGGAACUUGUCCUGAGGAGUCCCUGCAGCUUCAGCAGGAGGCAAACAAGAGUGCUCAGCUGCUGCACUGUGCCACGGCAGCACCCAGAGGCCUUGAGCCUGUGUCCUGGCGUGUGGCUGAGGACUAUAGCAGGAGGGAACAGCUGGCCUGGCUGGUGGCAGGUCUGGCACUGUGGGACUGCCAGCCAUGCCAAUGCGAGGUUGUGCCAGCCACAGCUGGCUGUGGCUUGUGUCCUACUGCAGCCAGGCCUUCGGCGCUACGCUUCCCCAGGACCUUCCUGUCUAUGUUUUCUAUCCCUCUCCCACCCCCAACCUAUUUUGGGUUCUGGCCCACGACUGAGAUGGCUCCUGGAAAGAGCCUGUUCUGUGCCCACCCCCUUGCAGUGCCCAGUUCCCAGAGCUGGCCAGGUGUGUCCUGCCUUGCCCUGCUCUGGAGGUGGUAGCACCUGGUGCCAGCACAGCCAGGCUCCCUGCUGGGCUGUGGCAAGGCGAGGAUGGGUAAACUUAUCCCUGGAGCUCUGGGCCUUGCAUCCUUCCAUGGUGGUGCUAGGGGGUGGUGAGUGGUUCUGCUGCCACAGCUGCUCUCCUAGGGACCAGCUCUGUGGCCCUGGCAGUGCCUGUGGGUCACAUGGUGCUGCUCCAAGCCCAGUCUCCAGAGAAACCUUGUGAAUUACGAGCAGACCAAGUUCAUAGGGUGGCCUUGGUGCUGCUGGGCACAGCACCGGGCUGGAUGUGGAGUCAUAGUGCCCUUGGUGAAGCCUUUCAACAUGGGGAGAGGCAACAAGAGUUGCUCUAAUAUCAAGGUGAGAUGGUGUUGGCCAGAGCAGUGGAGAGAGCCCAAAGCUGCUCCUACUGCCUCAGUGGCUACUUACCCAGAGUUUGCUGGUGUGGGCAGUGGCAGACUUCCCUGCUGCAGCACGUGGGCUGGGCCUGCCUCUUGCCUGCCAGCACUCCUGUGUGUGGUCUUCUCCUGCCUGUCCCCAGCAGCCUGGAAGAAAUCUCAGAAGCCAGAGGUCAGCAUCUCUCAAUCUCCAGCAGCUUUCUGAGGCAUUGCUGGGCCACAGGAGAGGACUGAAUUUUGCAGAUGUGCAACCUUGUACAGAUCUCGACUAUGGAAUGAAACUGAUGUUUUGGUAUUUGUUGAAGGAAAGAAAAUCCUUCUGUCCCUU